AUGACGCAAAGCUUCUACUCAACUUGGAUGCCAAACAAGGAUCAGAGUACAAUAGUCAUCAAUACUGAUGAGAUCGCUCGAAAAUUAGAAGCUGUCUAUGGUAUCAAAUCAGGAUCCAUCUAUAUCAGUACUAUUGUGAUCACUAAUGGUGAAAAAAAUGUCUAUGAUCGCCGUCGUCGCCGUCAAUUUGAUAGGAAAAAACAUGAACUACCUAGAUGUAAUCAGUUUGGAUCUGAUCGUUCAAUUGUAGAAAUAACAAUUCAUAUAAUUUAUCCAGCAAGGUGUGGCACAUUUAUGUCUUGCCAAAAAGAAUUAGCUGAUGCUAUCCAAGCUCGUAUUACUGCAUACAUUUCAACUAUUUUACUAGAAUUCAAAUUUGAUGAUGGAAGCUUCGGUGAACUUGCUUUAAUUAGAUGUAAGAAAGUCGCAGAUUCAUCAUUAAAUUAUGUAUUACGGUCACGGCGCGGUGCAAAAGUUACUAAAGCAACGAAAAGUCCUACAACAGCAACCACAACAACAAAAUGCGCGACAACAGCAAGCACUACAAAAAUAACCACGACAACGAAAAGUCCUACAACAACAAAAUGCGCGACAACAGCAAGCACUACAAAAAUAACCACGACAACGAAAAGUCCUACAACAACAAAAUGCGCGACAACAGCAAGCGCUACAACAACAACCACGACAACGCAAGGUAAGCACCAUUAUGUUCCAUAA